GCGUCCCGACCCUGGACCAGAGCCCCACCGGAUCACGGCAAAAUGAAGGACAGGCUUGCAGAACUUCUGGAGUUGUCCAGGAGCUAUGAUCAGCAAUUCCCAGAUGGAGACGAUGACUUUGACGCUCCCCACGAGGACAUCGUGUUCGAGACUGACCACAUCCUGGAGUCCUUGUACAGGGUCAUCCAGGACAUCCAGGAUGAAAACCAGCUGCUGAUGAUCGACGUGAAGCGCCUAGGGAGGCAGAACGUCCGCUUCCUCACGUCCAUGCGGCGCCUCAGCAGCAUCAAGCGGGACACCAACUCCAUCGCCAAGGCCAUCAAGACCCGGGGCGAGGGCAUCCACCAGAAGUUGCGUUCCAUGAAGGAGCUAAGCGAGCAGGCGCAGGCCCGGCACGGCGAGCACUCGGCCGUGGCACGCAUCUCGCAUGCACAAUACAGUGCGCUGACCCUCGCCUUCCAGCAGGCCAUGUACGAGUACAACCAGGCCGAGAUGAAACAGCGUGACAACUGCAAGAUCCGCAUCCAACGGCAGCUGGAGAUCAUGGGCAAGGAUGUGUCGGGCGAGCAGAUCGAGGACAUGUUCGAGCAGGGCAAGUGGGACGUGUUCUCCGAGAACCUGCUGGCCGACGUGAAGGGCGCGCGGGCCGCGCUCAACGAGAUCGAGAGCCGCCACCGCGAGCUGCUGCGGCUGGAGGGUCGCAUCCGAGACGUGCACGAUCUCUUCCUGCAGAUGGCCGUGCUGGUGGAGAAGCAGGCGGACACGCUGAACGUCAUCGAGCUCAACGUGCAGAAGACCCUCGACUACACCGGCGAGGCCAAGGCACAGGUGCGCAAAGCGGUGCAGUACAAGAAGAAAAACCCCUGCAGGACCAUCUGCUGCUUCUGCUGCCCCUGCGUCAACUAGCAGCUGGCUUGGGUCUUCACCUGACCCGUGCCAUGUCCAGGGUGCCAGCCAAAGGCAUCCUGCACUGGGCCGAAGGAGAGGAUCCCCGAUGCCUGCAGAGUUCAGAUUAGAAAGAAAGAAAGUUGGGGUUGGGAUGCAAGAUUUGGAACCCGGCACUUGCCUAGAAGGAUGGUUGCUAGCAUCCACUGCAGGCAGAUUCCCACUGGAGUUGUGUGAGGUCGUUGUAAGAUACUUAGCACUCAGCACCCACGUGGAGGAAUGAAUGCCGUCGCUAAGGUCAAUGUCUUGAAGACAAAAGGAGGAAGUCAAAUGAGCAUACGUUAACAAUAUGAGCACAUUGUCAAAAUUUGUCUUUGUUUGCCUUCUCUGGAAAGUUCCUUGGUGCUAUUCGAUUUUGCGUGGCAUUGACUUGGGUAUUUCUUAGUUCUUUCGAGUGGCACUGACCUUGGGUAAAGUGGAUUUCAUUCACUUCUGAUCAUCUAUUUAUGUUGUGAGGUCUGCCUAUGGGGAAACCUUACCUCAACUCUCUGACCCCACUUAUUAAGCCACACUGGACAUAUAUGGUUGCCUUAUCUCUCUAACCUUUUAUAAAUUCCACAAGUUAUUUAUAUAUACCUACAUAUAUAU